CAUCACACCAACUCCAUCGCGCCUACAUCCCAUCCCUCUUCCACUCUCUACUCCCCAAAGACAAAAGCAAAAAACGAAAAUGCCUCAUUCCCACCGCAGCCCCUUCUUCUGCAUCCAUCUCCACCUUCCCCAUCGGCGCUCCUCUAUCUCUUCGCUCCCCAAACGGCGCAAAUCCUCCCAACUCGACCCACCCUUGCCCCCAAAACCGCGAAAACGCGCCCUUACUAUCCCGCGCUCUCCGUCGACCUCUAUCCCUUAUACGAUUGACCAAAGUUCUAUUUUGUUUCGUCUGCCGCUGGAGAUCAGACGCCAAAUCUGGGCCGAGGUGCUCGGGGGCUACGUAAUUCAUUUCAUCAUACCUAUGCGUGUGUUGUCCCACUUUGUAUGUUCAGCACCCGAGAAGGUGAUGUGUGGGUGUCGGAUCAACGAAUUCAGGAGUUAUGGGAAGAUGGCACCCAAAGUCUUGAGCGUAUUGGUCACGUGCCGGCAGAUAUAUUCCGAAGCGAUCGAGUAUCUGUAUUCCGCAAACACGUUUUCUCUUUUGUAUUCAAAUCAUCUCAUACACCUAUCAACACUCCUCCUGCCCGCGCGUCUGAAUGCCAUCCGUAUCCUACGUAUCCGUUGGGCUAUCCGUGGGCUUCCUUACUACAUCAGACCUGGCGGGUACCACUUUACGUUUCGGGAGGACACGGAGUACUGGCAGCAGUCGUGGCGAGCACUGGCGCAGAUGAGGGGGUUGAAGGACUUGCGCAUCAGGCUCGUGGAUACGGUUUGGCAGAACCAGUGGCUACAAUUGGAGAGUAGGCUGAUGGAGGGAGUCAAGGAGGUCAAAACGCCGAGGGUCUUUGAGGUCGUAUUGCCGUAUGCUGAGAGCGAGCUUGCUUUAGACGUAGGAGAGACUGCUUGUGUGUUUAGGAGGCCGGGUAAAGAGGUGGAGCAAGAGGUGGAGGAGGUUUGAAGAGCAUGGGCGUUGAGAAUGUCGACAUCAUAAGUGAGAAUGGGGCCCACUAAGGCUGACAAGCUGCCAGAUCCCUUAUCGGUCAACCGUGCUUGGCCGCGACAUAGUUGGCAGCUCGUGGAAGAGAUUUCAACAAAUUCUAAAGAUAACGCAGCCCGCGCGCAGACCAGAGUGACGAGAUAUGUCCUCUUAUGGGACCACCUACGGCGGUCGUCAACUCUACCUUUGUUUUCACGGCACGCUUCCUAGACAAGUACGGCUAUACUCAUUCUUUUCGUACUUUUGCUAUAUCGGUG